AUGGGCGGUGCUUGGGUUCAUUGGACACAGCCGCAGGUUUUCGCAGAGCUUCAACGAUAUGGCUUGGAUAAGUUUGAUAUCACCACCCCUUCUUCAAAGAAUGGUGAGGUUUUGGUCAAGAGACUCAGGAACGAAUCGGUGCGGAUCGAAACUCAAAAAGACCAGGAAGCCACUAUGGCGGAUACGACAUCCGCAAUGAUGGAGCUUUUAGAUUUUGAUGGGCAAGGGGGACGCGGCGUUGUCGCAUUUCCAUUCGAUACCCGGUCCAGUGCUGCUGCAAAUCCCGAUUACCUGGCCGUCGAUAAGCUAAGUAUUGCUGAGCGAGCAAAUCAACUGGCAAAUCUGAAUGAGACGCAAAAGGAGGGGGUCAUCGAGCUUGCCUCGUCCUUUUUCGGUAUAUCUGGAGAGGAAGCCUCCUUCUUAGAACUCCUUCAUAUGAAUUCGCUGUGCUAUUUCAAUGAUGCUCUUGUUGAAGAGGCGACAAUGAAGUACAAAAUAUCUGAUGGGACCAGCGCGUUGGCUCUGGCGAUGCUUAACGACUUCAAGGGACAUCGGAUAAUGUCAGCGCCUGUAUCCGCUAUCACCCAGCAGCCGGAUGGUUGCAUGGUGACUCUUUCGUCAGGGAAGCAAUUUCUGGGCAGCAAGGUUAUUUCAACCAUCCCAGCCAACGUGGCACUAUCUAUUCACUACGACCCGCCAUUGUCUGAUGUGCGCCAAGAGGGUCUAAGCCAAGGUUUCACUCCUGGAAAGAUCGAUAAAAUCCUCGCAACCACAUCGAGGAACUUAAAGGACGGUCUCAGUAUUACCUGCGAAGGUGGAGAUAUGCCGUUUCUAAGUGGAUUUGCAGACGGAGUGCAACUAAAAGACCAGUCUCUCAUUACCAUGCUCUCAAACCCCGAUGUCGAUAUUGAUUCUUCUGAUAGUACUAUACGGCUUCUUGACAUGUUGCAUCCGGAAGGGCUGGACAUAACGUCGGUACGGGCACAUCUUUGGUCGAAGGACCCUUUUUCUAAUGGGGUUAUGGGAUGCCGUAAGCCCGGAUUUGUCUCUAAAUAUUGGGAGGAGUUGCGAAAACCGCACGGGGAUCUCUUCUUCUGCGGGUCUGACUGGGCUGAGGGCUGGCGUGGGUUUAUCUCUGGUGCUUUUGAGGAUUCAUACCGCGUGACCCGGGAAAUUCUGCGCUGA